AUGGAUUACCCUUACAACCAUUUAAGAGCUGGGGUUGAAAUUUUUGGUUCAUGCAAUGGCUUAGUUUGCGUGAAUACUGGUGAUGGUGUUGAUAUUAUUUGCAUGUGGAACCCAUCUACCAAAGAGUAUAAGAAAUUACCAACUAUAAAAAUCAAAUUUCCAGCAGCAGAUUUCUACUGCUGCGACAAAACCUCGUAUGGAUUCGGUUUUGAUGGUAAGACUAAGGAUUAUAAGUUGGUUAGACUUGUUGGGUUUAAUUUCGAACAUGGUUGUGAAGUUAAGGUCUAUACAUCUGGAACAAAUACAUGGAAAAGCUUGAAUUACAUUCCUUAUCGUCUUUCUUAUGGAAGAACACCUGCUGUGCUGGUUAAUGGAGCACUUCAUUGGAUAACAACGUUACUUGUACCCGAGGAUAAAUCUGUAAGUGGAUCUGAUGAAGACCCCAGGAUAAUACUUUCUUUCGAUAUUAGCAAUGAGAGUUUCCAAGAAAUUCCAAAACCUGACAUGCUAAAUGACAAGUUUCAUAAUAAUGUAGAUGUUUUGGACGGGUACCUUUGUUUGCUUAGUAACAAUUACAAGGUCCAUGUUGAUAUGUGGGUGAUGAAGGAUUAUGGCGUAAGAGAGUCGUGGACUAAACUCUUUAUGAUUUCCCAACAAUCCUUUAUAAGAGCCUUCGAUUAUGUGAAGCCAAUUAUAUCUUUCAAGAAUGGUAAGGUUUUGUUGGAUGUGGAUGGCGGUGCUUUGGUUUUAUAUGAUCCGAAAUAUGACGAGUCUAGAAUUGUUGAGGUGUGUAAUGUAGAAUGGUGUGAAAUAUUUACUUAUACCAGGAGCUUAGUUGGGAGAGAACAAAAACUGGAAGCAAUUAAAAAUAUUAAGAAGCCCGAGAUCAGAAAGACCAAGAAAGAAGAGAAGUUAGAGAAGAGAAUCAAAAAGAUGUGA